AUGUUUUCGUUUUCCUACCUCUGGCAGAAACUAUUUGCCGUGCUGAUCAGAGCUCUCAUGCGGCGACGGUUGGUGGCCAGUCCCAAUGACGUCUUCCAAAUCCAGUCCCGCGACGCCGAGAGAACGAUCAAAGCGCACGUCUAUAGAUCGGCAUCAGCGCCAACCCCGUCGCCUGUCCUCCUCAAUUUCCAUGGGUCCGGGUUUAUCAUCCCGCAGCACGGUAGCGACGAUGAAUUCUGUCGACAAGUGAGUCGCGAAACCUCGUACACGGUGCUCGACAUUCAGUACCGGCUGGCGCCCGAGAAUCCGUUCCCCGCGGCAGUCAACGAUGUCGAGGACGUUGUCAACUGGGUGCUGCAGCGACCGGGGGAAUUUGAUUUAUCGCGAGUCGCCAUCUCUGGGUUCAGCGCGGGCGGAAACCUGGCACUGGGGGCGUCGGCGACUCUUUUCCCGCGCGACACCUUCCGAUCCGUUCUCGCCUUCUAUCCUCCGCUGGACUUGUACACUGAUCCGGCCGAGAAAACGUUUCCAGACGCUGAGGGGAAACCGAUCCCCCCUUUCGUGGCUCGGUUAUUCGACAGUUGCUACAUCCCCUCCUCGGUGGAUGCCAGGGACCCGCGGAUUUCGCCGUCCUACGCGCAGCCAGAGCGGUUCCCGGAUCGCAUCCUAGUCAUCACGGCGGGCGGUGACAACCUAGCGGGAGAAGCCGAGGCGUUGGCGGCCAAAAUAGAAAAGGAACCCGGUCGCCAUGUGGUGUGUCAAAGGAUGCGAGGGUGUAACCACGGUUGGGAUAAGAGGGCGGCGCCGGGGACCGUCCAGGGGGAAGCCAAAGAGAAGGCGUAUGCUUUGGCCGUUAGCAUGUUGGCGCGCUAG